AUGGACACAGAAGCCGCCCCUGCCUGGCGGUGCCUGGGCGUGCUUCUGGGGGUGCUUGUGAUGAGGAGGUGGAAGGUGGAAGAUGCAACUGGCGGAGUCUCUCGUGAGGAAGUCACUGACUGCCGGCUGCCUCAGGCCAUCACGGAAGAACUCACGACGGAUUACUUCCCAUUUUUCACACUCAUCCGCUGCUGCGUCGCUAAUGCUCGCUUUGUCGCGCCUCUACAGCGAUUGAUGCAGACCCGAGAAGCUCUUCCCGAAUAG